UGGCGGCGGUGGCGGCGGCCUAGUCGAGGCCGGCGCUCGGGCGGCGCGGCGAGCGCCCGGGAGAGGCGGAGGGACGCAAGGGUUUCGGAGCCGAACGCCAAUGUCCAGGGAUGGAUGACGACAGUCUGAACGAGCUUGUGGACCGAAGCCCAGGGCCGGACGGACGCCCACGACUCAGCCCCACCGCCCUGGCCAGGGAUGCUGAAGAAAGCAGUGACGGCACCGGCGGGGGCUCUGAGGAGGACACGGGCAGCGAGCGCAGCUGUAGCACGGACGGAGAGGACGAGGAUGGGGGCCUGGAGGACCCGUCCGGUUCGGAAGACUCUGAAGAAGAAGGAGGAAGAGGAGAAGAGGGCGUGGAGGCCUUAGUGGCUGUGGUGGACGCUCAGGGGAAGUUGGAAGCCAGUGGCGCGUUCAGUUCUGAUGACGAUUCCGAGAGCUGCCCGAUUUGUCUCAAUACUUUCAGGGACCAGGCUGUGGGGACCCCAGAGAGCUGUGCCCAUUAUUUCUGCCUGGAUUGUAUCGUCGAAUGGUCCAAGAAUGCCAAUUCCUGUCCAGUCGACCGAACUGUGUUUAAGUGUAUUUGUAUUCGAGCCCGGUUUGGUGGUAAAAUCCUGAAGAAGAUUCCAGUGGAGAAUGCCAGAGCCGGAGAAGAUGAGGAAGAAGACCCAACCUUCUGUGAGGUGUGCGGCAGGAGUGACCGGGAGGACCGUCUGCUCCUCUGUGACGGCUGUGACGCCGGGUACCACAUGGAGUGUCUGGACCCUCCUCUCCAGGAGGUGCCAGUGGACGAGUGGUUCUGUCCGGAAUGCACUGUGCCUGGAGCUGCUCCCGCUGCAGAUGCGGGUCCUGUGAGUGAGGAGGAGGUCUCCCUGCUCUUGGCUGACGUGGUGCCCACCGCCAGCCGGCUUCGGCCCCACGCAGGGAGGACCCGCGCUAUUGCCAGGACGCGGCAGAGCGAGAGGGUCCGAGCGACUGUGAACCGGAACCGGAUCUCCACUGCCAGGAGGAUUCAGCAUGUCCCACGGUACCUCAUGUCUUCUCUUCUGGACGAGACCAUCGAGGCCGUCGCUGCGGGUCUGAGCUCUGCUGUGUACCAGUGCCCCGUGACGCCCCGAGCCCCCGCCAAGCGCAGGAGGAGAGCAGGAAGACGGAAGAAAGUGUUGGGAAGAAGGAAAACGCAGUCCAGGUCGUCUGUGAAGAGCAGAAGCUCGGGGACAAGAUCUAAGAAGCGCCAGGGUCGCGUGAGGAAGAGAAAAGGGAAAAAGUCAAAGAAUGAAGCCACAGCUCGCGCCCGCAUCGCACGGACACUGGGCCUCCGGGGUCCGGCCCGUGGAGCCUGCAUCCCAUCUGUGCACAAGCCGGCAGACCCCUCUCUGGGGCUGAUGCGUGCGGACAUCGGCGUGGCCUCCCUGUCGCUCUUUGGAGACCCCUAUGAGCUGGACCCCUUUGACAGCAGUGAAGAGCCGUCUGCAAACCCUGCAUCCCCGUUGAGUGCCAAGAGGCGGGUCCUGUCCCAGUCAGCGCUGCGUUCUCACCGGCCCGUAGCCAGGCCCGUGGCCGUGGGGCUCUCCAGGAGGAGUGUUCCUGCCGUGGCGCCUGAGCCGGAGGUGGACGAGGCCCCCGUCCCAGACCUGGUGGGGAGCAUCCUGUCGGGCCAGAGCCUGCUGAUGAUGAAUGGCGCGGACAUCGUCAUCCACCGGGACGGCUCCCUCAGCGCCAAGAGGGCAGCACCCGUUUCCUUCCCUCGGAGCACAGGCGGCUCAUCCCAAGGCCCCAAGCACCCUGGGCCCGGGGCCUGCCUACAGCCCAGAGUGCCGCACUCGGGAGGUGGGCCACAGGGUGCGGGGCUGAGCUGUCAUGGCGGGCCAGCGCCCUCCCGUGUCCCUGCACUCAGGACUGGGGCGACUGUGAGACUGGACCCGUCCGUGACCCCUCUGUCCGGUCAGACUCAGAGCCUGUCAGGCGUGCGCGGGCCUGGCUUCAAGCAAAGGGACGACACUCGAUGUGAUAGCAACAGCCGGCGCGCUCUGCUUCCCAGCUCUGCGUCCUCCAAGACCCCCAGUAGCUGCUGUCACUUGCCGCCCGCUGGUGCAUUGCUGGGCCAGGCCCUGAAGCCAGCUCCCAGGAGGCCCGACAUCUCCGAGCUACCAAGGAUACCAAAGGUCAGAAGGGAGGACAGCGGCGGCAGACAGGCAGACGCGGCGCCCGCCAGCGAGCAACAUGCGGAGAUCCCCAGCUCCUGCAUCAGCCGGCUCACGGGCAGGGAGGGCCCCGGGCAGCCCGGCCAUGGUGCCAGAGCCGAGGGUGAACCAAGCAACAGGGGCCCCCAGGACCCUGGCCCGCACUCCGGGGGCGGCUCCCAGUCCCCCACCUCACCGGGACCCUCGAAGGGGAAGGGGGUCAGCUCGACCUUUCAGAGCUUCAGGAUCAAUAUUCCCGGGAACACGGCACAUUCCGGCAGACUCUCCAACCCUGGCUUUUGUAACACGUUUCGGCCGGUCGACAAUAAGGUGCAGAGGAAGGAGAACCCCUCACCCCUGUUCUCCAUCAGGAAGACCAAACAGCUCAAGAGCGAGAUCUACGACCCCUUUGACCCCACAGGCUCCGACUCCAGUUCCGCCGGCAGCAGCCCUGAGCGCCUGGGCUCUGGCCUCCUGCCGUCUGAGAUCACACGCACCAUCUCCAUCGACAGCCCAAAGGCCCCAGCGUUGCAGACGGUGCGCUGUGUCACCUCUUACACCGUGGAGACGGUCUUGGGGACGGAGCCCGAGCCCCCUCGGGGGCCCUCCUCCAGCGGGCUCGAGCUGCGGGACGAGGGGGCUGCCGAGGGGACCUCUGACCUGGAGUGCGAGGGGUUGCAUGAGGGGCUGGGCGAGGGUCAGGGCUCAGCCUCCCGGGCACAGAGGGCCCCCCCCCCGGAGCCGUGGGAGGACAAGGGCCAGCUGCCCUGCAGUACCUUCUUUGGCUCCGAGGAGCGGAUGGUGACAUGUGUGACUGUAGCCGAGCCGGAGGCCCCACCCAGCCCUGAUGUGCCACAGACGACCACCCACAGGAUCGUGGAGCUGAGGUCCCCGUCAUGCUCCCGCUCCACAUCCAGCUCCCGUGGCAGGAAGAAAGCCAAGAGGAAGCGAGCCACGUCCAGGGAGCACAGGAGGACCCGCUCGGGCUCCCGCUCAGGUUCCCGCUCUGGGGACAGGAGCUCACGGUCUAUGUCCUCCCCGGUAGGGGACGACCACCCCAAGAGGCCGCAGACCAAGUCCCGGGGCCGGAGGUCUUCCAGCGACCACUCCAGCAGCCACGAGCGAGCCAAGCGGAAGAAGGCGAAGGAUGAGGGCAGGAGGAGGAAGAGGGACUCCUGGGGUCACGGCCGGCGGAGGUCCAGGUCCCGUUCGGGCAGCCCCGGCAGCUCCUCCCACGAACGCAGGGAGAGCAGGAGAAGGAAGCGGAGGCGAUCAGGGUCCAGGUCUCGGGGACGGGAGUGCUCACCCCCCAGCAGCCUAGAGAGAGCCCGGAGGCACCGGCACACAAGGGAGAGGAGCCCACGAGAGAGGAGCCGGGAGCGACCCCGAACCCGGUGGGGCUCCCACGAGAGGAGGAAGCGUAGAUCCAGGUCGCCGAGGUCGCCAAGCACAGAGCACAGGUCCCGUGAGCACCAGCGUCCUCGUUCCCAUGAGAGGCGGCCAAGGCCUCGCUCUCCAGAGAGGAAGUUGACACCCGUUCUCCAGGAGGAGCAGAAGCCUGACCCGGAGCCGCCAGCCAGGCCGCUGGCCCCGGCAGGAGCGGACGCCUCCCCAGCCGGGGCCGAAACCCACAAGAUGGCUCCAGAGGCCCCGGCGGGCCAUCCGCCCGAGGACCUGGAUUACGGUGACUCUGUCGAGGCAGGACACGUCUUCGAGGAUUUUUCAAGCGAAGCCUUCUUCAUGCAGCUGGAGGACAUGAGCUCCCCUCCCUCCCCUGAGAGCACAGACUCCUCCCCAGAGCGAGACUUCCCACCCGCUCCUUCCAUUACGCAGGCUGGCCGGCACCCGCAGGACACCAGCCUGGCCGUGGCCGUCCUCCGGCGGGAGGUGUCAUCGAUUCACGGUGAAGACACCACCCAGGCCCCGCCCCGGGCACAGGGCCCCGAAGAGAGGCCCGGGCUCCAGCAGGAGGCCACUGGGGCCGCCAUGGUGCCCGGCGCCCUGGGAAGCCGGGUUGUGGGCGGGGUGCCCGUGGGGAAGGAGGAAGGCCCCCCCCAGCCCCCUCUGCUACGGGCUAAAGCGCUGGUGAAGAGAGUCACGUGGAACCUACAGGAGGCGCAGAGUGGCGCCCCCGCCGCGGACCCAGGCCUGCGGAUGCCGCUCCACAGGCCCCAGAAGCCCCGGGAAGGGGUCUGGGAAACAGAAGACAUGGGCUCUUCGGUGGGGUUCCAGCAGGCACCCUUCUCUGAGCCCCCUCCCGCCGGUUACGUGCUUCCAGAGUCCGGCUUCCCCGAGGCGGAGCCCUCUCAGGUUUAUACCCCGAACCUGCCUCCCGCCCCAGCUCUGCCUAUGAGUCUCCCGCCAUACGCAGCAGCCGGCCAGCCCGCGGUGCAGUACAUCCUACACGGGAGCCUUCCCCUGGCGAGCUGCGGGGUCACGCAGAGCCCGGCCCCGGGGCCACCCGCCCUGCCUGCAGCCUCCGAGCCAGCCGCCUACAGCACCGGCUCCAGCAACUCCGAGGAGAGGGCGGCGGCUCCCAGGCCUGCCGCGGAGAAGGCCAAGAAUGAGGAGUACAUGAAGAAGCUGCAGGUGCAGGAGCGGGCAGUCGAGGAGGUGAAGCUGGCCAUCAAGCCCUUCUACCAAAAGCGGGAGGUAACCAAGGAGGAGUACAAGGACAUCCUGCGCAAGGCUGUGCAGAAGAUAUGCCACAGCAAGAGCGGGGAGAUCAACCCCGUGAAGGUGGGCAACCUGGUCAAGGCCUACGUGGACAAAUACCGACACAUGCGCCGGCACCGGAGGCCCGAGGCUGGGGAGGAGGCGCCUGCCCAGGGCCCGGAGAGCUGAGGCCACCCCUGGCGCUUCCGCUAGGGACGGCAGAAGCAGAGACCUCGGAAGACAGCCGGCCAGCACUCCGCUAUCAGGGCUCCCACGACCACAUGUGCCCUGCGCACUUGUCCUGCUCAGUUUCAAACUGGACCUUUUUAUAUGUAUAUUAUAGAUACACAGUUUCCAUUGUGUUCUAAUUUAUCAAAAAUGGAUUAUCUUUAGAAA